GCCGGCCGCGGCGGCGGCGGGAGGGCGCAGCUGGGGCCGCCGCGGCCGCAGCAUCGCGGCGCGGUGGCGGGGAUGGAGCCCUGGAAGCAGUGCGGGCAGUGGCUGAUCAGCUGCAAGGUGCUGCCGCCCAACCACCGGGUGACCUGGGACACGGCCCAGGUCUUCGACCUGGCGCAGACGCUGCGCGACGGCGUCCUGCUCUGCCAGCUCCUCAACAACCUGCGCAGCCACUCCAUCAACCUCAAGGAGAUCAACCUGCGCCCGCAGAUGUCCCAGUUUCUUUGCUUGAAGAAUAUAAGGACAUUUCUUUCGGCAUGUUGUGAAAUAUUUGGGAUGAAGAAAAGUGAACUUUUUGAAGCAUUUGAUUUGUUUGAUGUGAGAGAUUUUGGAAAGGUGAUAGAAACGCUUUCAAAACUUUCUCGUACUCCUAUUGCAUUAGGCACAGGAAUAAGGCCCUUCCCUACAGAAGAAAGCGUUGAUGAUGAAGAUGUUUACAAAGGUCUUCCUGAUUUAAUAGAUGAAACUGGUGUUGAUGAAGAUGAGGAGUUGUAUGAUUGUGUCUACGGAGAAGAUGAAGGUGGGGAGGUUUAUGAAGACCUAAUGAAAGAUGACGCAGCACAGCAACCUAAAUAUACUGAAAAUGACAUAAGAAGCUGUUGUCUUGCUGAAAUAAAGCAAACUGAAGAGAAAUACACUGAAACUCUGGAAUCGAUAGAGAAAUUUUUCAUGGUACCAUUGAAAAGAUUUCUGUCAGCAUCAGAGUUUGAUACUGUUUUCAUCAACAUUCCUGAUUUGGUGAAAAUUCACAGAAAUCUAACACAGGACAUCAAUGAUUCCAUUGUUAACAAAAAUGAUCAGAACCUAUAUCAAAUUUUUAUUAACUACAAGGAAAGAUUGGUUAUUUAUGGACAGUACUGCAGUCAAGUGGAGAUAGCGAUAUCAUGCUUGGACAACAUCUCUAAGACAAAAGAAGAUGUUAAAUUGAAGUUAGAGGAAUGUUCCAAGAGGGCCAAUAAUGGGAAGUUUACAUUGCGGGAUCUUUUAGUGGUUCCAAUGCAGAGAGUGCUAAAAUACCACCUACUGCUCCAGGAGCUGGUAAAGCACACUACUGAUCCCAUGGAGAAGGCAAAUCUAAAACUGGCACUUGACGCAAUGAAGGACUUGGCUCAAUAUGUAAAUGAAGUGAAGAGAGAUAAUGAAACGCUCCGUGAAAUUAGACAGUUUCAACUAUCAAUAGAGAAUUUGAAUCAUUCCCUCUUACAGUAUGGAAGACCUCAAGGUGAUGGGGAAAUAAGGAUAACUACAUUAGACAAACGUGCAAGGCAGGACAGGCAUAUCUUCUUGUUUGAUCUAGCUGUAAUCGUUUGCAAACGGAGAGGUGAUAAUUAUGAAAUGAAGGAAAUAAUAGAUCUUCAGAAAUACAAAAUUACAAAUAACCCCACUACUGAUAAAGAAAAUAAGAAGUGGUCUUAUGGCUUCUACCUCAUUCAUAUCCAAGGUCAAAAUGGUUUAGAAGUUUAUUGCAAAACUAAAGACUUGAAGAAAAAAUGGCUUGAACAGUUUCAGAUGGCUCUGUCAAACAUACGGCCAGACUAUGCGGAUACAAGCUUUCAUGAGUUCAAAAUGCAUACCUUCAGUCGUGUAACAUCUUGCAAAGUCUGUCAGAUGCUUCUGAGGGGAACAUUUUAUCAAGGCUAUUUAUGUUCUAAGUGUGGAGCUGGAGCACACAAAGAAUGUUUAGGAAGAUUAGACAAUUGUGGCAGAGCUAAUUCAGGUGAACAUGGGAACCUGAAACAUGAGAAACGAACAAACGGAAUUAGAAGAAACUCUAGACACGUGGACCCAGGUUUACCAAAAAUGCAAGUCAUUAGAAACUAUAACGGAAUACCACAGCCAGCAACUCAAGAUGGUCCACCAUUGCAUAUCCAGAUUGGAGACACUAUUGAACUAAUUAGAGGCGAUGCACAUAGCUUAUUUUGGCAGGGCAGAAAUCUAACAACAGGAGAGCUUGGAUUCUUCCCAAGUGAUGCAGUAAAGCCUAGCCCAUGUGUUCCUAAACCAGUAGACUACUCUUCACAACUGUGGUUUGCAGGAGCAAUGGAAAGAUUGCAAGCAGAGAGUGAACUCAUUAACAGAGUAAAUAGCACUUACCUGGUGCGGCACAGGACCAAAGAGUCAGGAGAAUAUGCAAUUAGUAUUAAGUACAAUAAUGAAGUGAAACACAUCAAGAUUUUAACAAGAGAUGGCUUUUUCCACAUUGCAGAAAACAGAAAAUUUAAAAAUUUAAUGGAACUCGUGGAAUAUUAUAGGCACCACUCUCUCAAAGAAGGCUUUCGAAGUUUGGAUACUACUCUUCAAUUUCCAUACAAAGAAUCUGAAAAUUCAGUGGGACAAAGGAGUAGCAGAACAGGUGGCAACUUGCUAAGCCCGAAGGUGAUAGGCAUUGCCAUAGCCAGGUAUGACUUCUGUGCAAGAGACAUGAGAGAACUGUCCUUAUUGAAAGGGGAUGUUGUAAAAAUUUAUACAAAGAUGAGUGCAAAUGGCUGGUGGAGAGGUGAAGUAAAUGGAAGGGUGGGCUGGUUUCCAUCAACUUAUGUUGAAGAGGACGAAUGAAUUAAAAUCUUUCCUCUGCUGACCAGCAGUUUCAGGGAUUGUAAAAAUCUAAUAUCUUCAAAGUGUUACUGGUCUUGUUAAGUAUUUAAACAGCAGCAUUUUUGUCUGUCUAAACCUUCCAGUCUUAAUGUUGGGAUUUAUACAGAAGUUUGUGCUGACAGAUUAUUACCUUGCUCAGAGCUGUGCAAGAAACAACCUGCCAGUUUGCCAUCACUGGGGUUCAGUACAAAGUCCAACCUUCACCUUCCCAGAAGAUUUCUGGAAAAAUUGCUUUAUGCUCCUUUUCAUUUCACCCUGUACUACACCAUGAAUACUAGCAAUGGCUGAAUAUUUAAUAAGUCUCUUUUCUUCUAGCUAACAUCUGUGAUGGUACAAGGAGAUGAAGGCUUAUUAUUCCUCCUUAUCACUGCAUUCAGAAAGCAGAGUUCAGUCAUUCCAGUGGGCCUAAAGUAUAGUCAGUAGACUUGUCUUGAAACAUCAGACCACUUAUCACCUUACAGCUCCACUCACAAACACAUUUUGAAGAAAAUACAUAGUAAACAUGAUUAGCAUUCAUGCAUAUAUAAUUUGUUAACUGACUGCUUUGACGUCCUGCUUAAAUCUUCUAACAUUUUGUUUUAAGACAACAUUUGGAAAAGGUGUAGUGAUGUGGUAUGGCUUGAAAAAGCAUCCAGAAAGUGGAAUUGUGGGAUCCGUUUUUGUCAUCCCAGGUCUUUUUGUGUGAGGUUUUUUCAUUUAAGCAGCUGACCAUAAAAGUGCAACUGAGUCAUGGCCAGUUUUAAAGUUUUCAGCAUUAACAUCAAAUAAGUAUUGUGGACCUAUUCUGUGGGAGAAUAUACUAAUGCAAGGUGAUGUCAAUUCUCAAGAAAAAAACCUGUUUAUCUUAACUUCUUGAUUGAUUCAGAAGAACUUUGACACUUCCAACUCUAAACUGUCUUUUCCUAGUUAGAGAGGAGUUUCUACCACCUUUUGUGCUCUUAUAAGGUAAUGCAAAGGCAACUUGCAGAAUUCUUGGUGCCCAGUCCUCUCUUGUUCCCUGGGACACUAAACAGCAGCGAGUGAGUGGUCUUGUUUCAGUGUUAUGAACAUCUGCAAGGAAAAAUAUGUCUAGGUUAGACAGCUUGAAACAUCAAGCCUUGUAAAGUGGUGUCCACCCAUUGGUGAGGCAGUCUUUAAAUAUAUUUAUGGAGGGUCAGAAGUGCUGUAGUUAUAUGUUAAAAUAAAUGUGGGUGGUAUCUUUGUAUGUGCACUUUUAAGUAUUUAGAUAAUGUCUAACCUGACUUGAAAACUUCUAAGAAAAUAAAGCUCUUUCUUUUUCUUUGCAUUUUCUUUCUAGAGUAAAGUUGACCAAUCAAGAAAGUUAAUUCAACCUGUCCCACAUCCUCUUUUUUGCUUUUCCCUUUUCUCUUUUCACAUAGUCAUCUUGCAGUUAGUGUGCAUAGACACUGUGUGAUUUAACACUGCAGUUUUUCCCACUCUACAAGCAACAUAAUUAAUGUUGACCAAUCAAGAAAGUUAAUUCAACCUGUCCCACAUCCUCUCUUUUGCUUUUUCCUUUCCUCUUUUCACAUAGUCAUCCUGCAAUUAGUGUGCAUAGACACUGCGUGAUUUAACACUGCAGGUUUUCCCACUCUGCAAGCAACAUAAUAUCCACUGUUCGUCCAUGGAGCAGAAUCUGCUAGUACAUAUUUCAGAUUGUUUUUGGCUGUCCCCAGUGUUCUUUGCUUCUUUCUGGCCUCCUUCUGGCCAUCAGAAAGAGCCAUGCACAGCACAGAGGAUUCAUAAUAAUCCCCUGUCUCUGCAACCAUCCUACCCAUCUGCUACACCUAGCAUGCACUGCUGUGUGACCAGGUAAAGAGAGGAUCUUCCAAUUAGAAAUCCUCCACUUGUGAGAUUCAGCCUUGCAGAUGAAACUCUGCUGAUGCUCUAACUUUUCAAGGAUUUACCUCAAAAUUAUGUAAACUGUGAUUGUGUUGAGUACAUUACUUGUUGGAACAAUUGAGAACAUUUGUAAAUAUGUAGAUUAUGCAUAAAACACAUUUUGUAAAUUAUGUGUACAGCAGGGUAGACUAGAGUAUGCCAUCUUUGAUCAUGUUUUGCCAUGCAGUUUUAUUGUCCGUUGUGAGCUCGAUCCUAUAUUCCUUAAGUAGACAAAGUUGAUUCUUGCACAGUUUUGCCUGCUCAAGGGGUAGAGGAAUAGGCUCUAGGCCUGUGAGGUGUUUAGUGCUUUGCUGUCAGGUAGUUCUGAGAAGAGGCAGUUUAAUUCAGUAAGAGUUGAGAAAUAUAUCAGUCAUUUUCAACAGCUUGGUUUUAGAAUAAUUUUGAGUUGUUUUUCCAUCCUAAAGUCACUGUAAAGCUUUUAAGCAAUCGCUGAGUCCAAUAAUCAGCCUUUGAGAAGAAUGGAAGCCAUAGCUGAACUGACACUUGUGGCAUAAAUCUACAUGUCGUUGUCUGUGUUUAAUGCCCUGUAUUGAUUGAGUUAAUGCUGCAUCUUAAACUAUAUUUUGAGUACCAAAGACUUCCUAUCUAUUCUGGAGUGUCUCUUUCAUGUGCUGCUUUUGCCUGUAUGGAGGUUUUGUUGUCAUGCAAUAAUGGUUACAGUACUUUAAUUUGUACUAUUUUGUAAAUAUGUUAAAUAUAAUAAACUGGUUAAUUUUUUGUUUAA